AUGGCACCCGCCACACCAGUCCAGGAGCCGCCUUUGAACGUUCGUGAGAAGGCUGGGCGUAUUGUGGUUGUCUUCAGCGUGCCGAAUGUGAGAGCCAACUCGGUGCAGGUUGAAAGCAGAGGCCCCAGCGAAGACGAACCAGCAGGAUCCGUGCACGUCUUCUUCAGCUCCCUGUCUCCAAGUCGGAGUUUCGAGAAGCACCUCAUUCUGCCACACGGUAUUGAAGAAAAGAUCAUCAAAGAUGUUCAGAGUAAGUCCCUGACGGUCCAGCUGGUCAAGUUGGACACGGCCAUAGAAUGGGGCCAAGCAUGGCUAAAACCAAAGAGUAAAGCAAAAAGGAGGACGUUGCCCGAUGCGGACAAAGAAAAUAAAGGAGCUCCUUCGCCUUCGCCGACAGCUCCAGGGCUCGAUCCGAAGGUCUCGAAUGCAGAAGUGCUCGAGGGCCCGGAAACUGCACCUCAGGCAGAGGCAGAGGUGAAGACAGCCGUUGGAGCAAAGGAUGACGAUGAGGUCAGGCAGGCGCAGGACAGGGAAAACAGCAAGGACAAGGAGGAAGGCGAGCAAGGCGAGCAAGGCGAGCGAGGCACGAGCAACGGCGACGAACUGCCGGAAUCCGGAGCGAGUCCCAGCGUGGCUCGCGGCGCAACGGCGACGGAGAGCGAGCCGAACAGGCACAGCGGACCCCAUGAGGCGGGAGGCAAAGCGCGGGCUCGCCGAGGCAAGAAAGCCAAAUCGAAGGCCGGUACCGAGCGGGACGAUGGCCCAGAACCUCUUCGCCGAGAGGACGACGUGAACAAGGCACAGGCGACGGACAGAAGAGAGGAUACACAAGGAAAAAAGCAGGAGCCUGCAGCUGAACCGAAGAGGAGCGGCUCUUCUCCACACGAAACGAAGCCAGCCAAGGAGUUCAAGGUCGACAAAUUGGAAGAUCUUGGGCAACUGUUCGGCAACACGUUGGAAUGGCUGAAGAAGCAGCAAACCGGGCUGCUGAAAGACUAUCCGAUUCAACCUCCAUCUGACCCAGAACUACAACAACUUGUAAGCAAUGGCACGGCGUUGCUCAAAGAUGACCUGAAGAAGGCCACGGUGUUUUUGCGACUCGCCGGGCGCAAGGGUUACUUGCCGGCGUACUUGCUUCUGGCGCGCAAUGCUCAAGAGAGCAAGCAGGACGGGCCCCUCAUCGAGAACUUGUGUGCUGUGCUGAGCACUCCCAAUGCCAAGAAACAGUUACCAGAGGGACUUCUCAAUGGCUGUGCGAUGCAGCUGGCAGCUGUGCUAAAAGAUCAGAAGAACAGGAAGGAGGUGGAAGUCCACGCGGAGCAGCUGGAUGCCAUUGCCAAAGACUGGCCGAUUGUCAACAUCGUCAAGCUUCAGACAGCGAGUGAGAUGCCGUCAAUCGGCUCCAGAACAAAAGCCACUGCCAAGGCCCAGCAGAGCCAGCGAAGCCAAAGACAGUCCGACUUCGAGCAGAUCAAGGCCAUGGCAAGACCUCGGGUGCCGGUCACGGCAGCUCAAGCAGCCCAGGUCGGUGUGAGCCGAGGGGAAUGGCGUGAAGAGGCCGACGCCUGGAGGUUUUCAGCGAAGGUUUCGGAGUUGGCAAGCUUGUCUGGGAGUCAGUUAGAAGUUAAUCCAUCGUACAUCCGAUUGAUGGACUCCAACCAGCCACACCGACGUGUCUUGUGA